AUGCCAUUUAUUGCAAGCAUUCGCGGAUUUACUGAUGAAAUUGCAGCUGCAAGAGCAUAUGACCUAGCAGCUUUAAAGUUAUGGAAAAAUACUGUGCCAUUGAAUUUCCCAUAUUCAGACUAUAAUAAAGAUUUAGAAGAAAUGAAAGGUUUAUCUAACGAUGAGUAUUUUCUCGCAAUCAGAAGAAACAGUAAGGGAUUUGCAAAGGGUGAAUCUAACUUCCGCGGAGUUUCACGGAACUCGGAUUUUAAAAAAUGGCAAGCAAGAGUGGGAAAAAGCACAAUAUUAAAAACUUUAUAUCUUGGAACAUUUGAAACUCAAGAAGAAGCUGCAAGAGCUUAUGACAUAGCAUCUAUAAGGUUGAAAGGCCAUAAGGCAGUGACCAACUAUGACUUAAACCAGUAUGACAUCCAUGGAAUUCUCCGAUGCCCGAGGAUACCAAUUGGUAGAGGUGCUUCGAAGAAGAUAAGAACUUGCACUGUUGAAGAAAUUCUUUCCAAGAGAAGAGAAUCUGAGAGACUUGAACUUACGAAUUUGGAAGAUACAAUUCCUGAAGAUGGAGAUCAGAGCUCUAAUGGUAGGCCUUUUAGUGGUGAUCCAGAAUUGGGAGUUUCUGGGUUUGGGAAUUCAUUUCCUAGGGAAUGUUUUACUAUGCCAGUUCAUAAUCAGAUUAGUCAGCAUUAUCCUGACUCUUCAUUAUCUCAAAACCAUGGCUUUUCCUCUUCACAAGCUCAUCAAAAUUGUCCCGGUUAUGGUGGUCAUGAUUUAGAUAUACCCUUCUUUACUCAUGGGAAUCCAAAUGAAACCUUUGGUUUACAAAAAACUCCCAAUGUUUUUCUUCCUAACUCUUCUACCACUAGGUUUGAUGAGAAUGUAAUUUUUGGGAAUCCAACAAAAAACUUUGAUUUUCAAAACCGAACUUUCUCUCCUGGCUCCUCUAGCUCUAGAGUUGAUGGAAACAUAUUUUCUAAGAAUCCAAACAGCACCUACAAUGAAGAUUCCUCGACCGGAGCUGAGAUGAAUUUUCGAAGGAUGGACAUUGGGAAUUUGACAGACAAAGGAAAGAGCAUAGUGAGAAACUCACCGUUAGAAAAUUCAAAAAUUGAAGGACCAAUUGAUUCAGAUUCAGAUGAUGAGAUAAAUUUUCCCCCAUGUGGGUUUGACAUGAACUCCAAGCAACUAAGCUCUUCUAGCUCUAAUCAGUGA